AUGGAGAGCUUGGAUAUUAAAAAAAAAAAAGAUUAUUCAUUGAAAAAUAAUUUCAUUACAUCUAAUUGUUUAAGCUGUAUUGAAAUUAAUGCACAUUCAUUAAUUAGUUUGAUUCAUUUAUUCCAUAAUAACCAAGGGCUCAAAGCAGAAAUGUUUGUACCCUGGUUACUGAACAGUCAACCUUGCGAAAAACUGUUUCGGUCAGCCCGAUCAUUAACAUCAACUUUUUCAACGGUUAUACAUUUUAGUAUGUAUGAUUUAAUACAUCGCCUACACAGAAUUGAAAUGCUAAAUAUUAUUAAAAAUGACUUGAGUAACUCACAAAAUAAUGAACUAAAUGAUGCGUAUGAUGAACUUGGUGUACAAUUUAAUUUUCCAAUUAAUCACCGCACAGCAAAAGAUAAAAAUAAACAGUUAAGGAACAACGAAGAGUUACAAUCAAUGUCAGACAUCCGUGUACAAGAAAUAGUUGAAAAAAGUUUACUAGAUAUACAAUUACUUGUUACAAGUAUGGGUUUAAUGGAAGAGAGCAUGCUAGUUGACCACUCAAUUUCCAAAACAAUUCAAAGUUGGAUUACAGUAAAAUCUAAAAAUGCAAAUUAUAAAAUACCAGAUAAAGAACAAAAUAACAGUGAUAAUGACAGCGAUGAUCAGGGUGAUGAUGAUAUUCAAAAUGAAUAUAUUAAUAAAUGCACUAGCAUGGUUGCAGAAAAAAAUAAUUGUGAUCAGGAAUUAUUAGACCAGGAUACAGAUGAAUUCAAUCAAUUAAACAAUGCUUCACAGAUUGAUCUUACCACCUAUCUAGGGCUGGACAGUAAUGAUAAAACAAGAAUUAAAGAUCUAAACUUAAAGGAAUAUUCAAAAGAACUAGGUGAAAUUGACUUAUCUACUGAUAGUCCAUUUGUAUGUUUAUGUUUAUCUCCAUCAAUAGAAGUAGUUAUAAAAAAAAGUUCUUUGUGUUGGCUUUUGGAAAACAAUAAAGAUCGGAUAAGCACUGACAGACUACGAAGAUUUUUUGUUAACACCAAACCUCACAUUAAAAGUGUUUUUAAAGAUAACCCCCAAGAUAAACAUACCGUGACACCGUUAUCUGAAGAUGAUUCAUCAAAUUAG